AUGACGAAGAUCAACACCUCCCUCCACUCCUCAAGGAGAAAGUCCCGUAAGGCUCAUUUCGAUGCCCCAUCCAGCGUCAGACGUACCAUCAUGAGCGCUCCUCUGAGCAAGGAACUCCGUGAGAAGUACAACGUCCGCUCCAUCCCAAUCAGAAAGGAUGAUGAGGUUACCAUCGUUCGUGGUUCCAACAAGGGCUCCGAGGGAAAGAUCACCUCCGUCUACCGUCUCAAGUACAUCGUCCACAUCGAGCGUGUCGUCAAGGAGAAGUCCUCUGGACAAUCCGUUCCCCUCGGUAUCCAUCCAUCCAAGGUCAUCAUCACCAAGUUGAAGUUGGACAAGGACCGUGAGAACAUCCUUGAGCGCAUCAAGGCUGGUCGUGAGAUCAAGGAGAAGUUGAAGAGCAAGGCAUAAAUCUGGCAUAUAAAAUUGGGUUGGGAUUGGCGUGCUUUCGAUGAGCGUUACGUGCAUUAAUCCCUGGCUUCUGCCAGCUGGAUGUGCUAGACAUAGUCAAAUGAAAAAUUAUGGC